UAAAUACCCCAUUCCAUCCUCCUACAUUCCUUGCAAAUUUUAAAUUUUUCUAGCUUUUGCUCUGCUUAGGUUCUGCAGAGAGAGAGAGAGAGAGAGUGUGGUUCAGAGAGAGAUUCUGUUUUUUCAAUUUUUUUAUGUUAUCUGUUUUGGGUUUUUCUUGCAUCGUUUUUGCAGGUACUGAGGAACAAGUCUUGGCAGCAUAACCUUGUUGGAGAGCGUAAAAUUCAGGCAAGGCCUUCGAGUUGGGGAGUAUUAGAUUGGAAUCCUAGAAGUUUCUGCUUAGACCGAAGAAAUGGAGGUACAUGGCAAACCUAUGGUUGCAGCUCCUUCAAAUGUUAUUUAUCUGUCAAGUAUUUUGGGCCAAGAUGGUCCAGUUCCCUGUCACAGAUGCAACUGGAAAUGUGAAAAUGAACAUGUUUGUGGAAACAUGUAUCGCUGCAAGCUAACAAUGCUGACUCACAUCUGCGAUAAAAACUGUAACCAGAGAAUUCUGUAUGAUAACCAUAGCUCACUUUGUCUAGCAAGUGGUCAAAUUUUCCCCCUUACUCCAGCAGAGGAACAAGCAGUGAGAGGUGUCCGCAGAAAGCUUGAUGCAGAGAAUUCCCCCUCUGAUAGCUGCGGUUUUAAGCGUAGACGUGAUGCACAAUUUCAUCCUUCUCCUUUCGAGAGAUCUUUCACUGCUGUCGGUCCUAUCUGCAGCCAAGUUGGAGAUGGCAUGGAUAUGAAUUAGAUAUCUAUUAUAUAACUGAAAAAGACUCUUAUAAUUUUUCUUGUCCCUUUGAAGUUUUUUUUUUUUUUUCUUUUGUCAAUCAGAUGAGUAUCGAUAACAAAACUUUAUGGAUUAUUUAUUGGUGGACAUGAUGUGCCCCCAUCUGCUUUAGGAAGAAAUCUUUAUAUUUCUAGUAUUAAUGUAAUGUAGUCUUAAAGUAGCAACUGUUGAAUGGGGAUUUGAACAGGAUCUUUCUACGCGCAACACAUUUAUGACACUUGAAUUGACAUUGGUUUUCUUCUAAAUCUAGUGAGAAGCUGACUGUCAUAGCCGACUACAGAAUGUAUUUUGGCUUUCAUUGCUUGAAUUCGAUUCAGUCAAUUGAUAGAUGCAUACAUGAGAUAUGUACUUAACUGUAACCCUUUAUUAGCUAACCAUCAAGUUACUAGUGUAUCUGUGGUUAAUGUACUCAUUGCUAUUGCUACUGUCAUGAGCUUUGUACUCCUUAAUUUUGUAUGAACAGCAAACAGUUAUUUGGUCCUUAGGGUCAUAUCAAUAACCUUGAUUUCUGUAGGCUGAGGUUCUCUCCAGUUUGCCAUCUGGUGAAUUGAUUUUGGGUUUGCUGCUUCACUCUUCCUAUUUCUGUUGCAGGCUCAAGGGAGAUGAUCUAGUCCACAUUUUCUUUCUUCUUAUUCAUUUUCUGAUAUCUUUUUCAUUCUCUGCUUUGAUUAAACGGUUACCUGUCUGAGGUUGCUGUAGCUUGUGCAGGUUUUGCAGCAUAUGCUAGGAAGGAGCGUUCAAAACAUUGUCUUGCAAUACUGAAUUAAUUUUUAUAAUAUAGAAUUGUACUAUAAGAUCUGUUAUUGAUAAAUGCCUUUUUUUCCUUGAAUGAAUGCAGGCAUUGCGACUUCUGCUCAAAUCUUUCUAUGGUGAAGUUUGGAGAAACCAACAGUUAUGGGGCUAUAGAGUCUAAAGGCUACGUAGGGAUCAUUUAUGAUGCUGUACAGAUACGGUAGAGAUACAAUCUGGUAUGAUGAUAAAGUAAGGUGACUAUUAGCAAAUAAAGGGAAACAUAGCAGCAGCAGCAGCAACAUCAGUGUUGAAAAAUUGAACUUUGUACUCGAUGAUGGAAAGUAAUAACUUUCGAUUUAAAAUGAAUUUUCUUACAAAAUUGGCAUGUCAAUGAUUUCUGCCAAAUUUUGUACUUUGUAAUAUGUACUAGUCACAGUUGUAAUUAAUCUUUAAUAUUGUUUAUAGACAGAUGUAGCUUUUGUUUCUGAUAUUUAUGAAGCUGGAGGUUGUAAUGUA